ACUCUGUUUGUUUUAUCUUCUAGCACCGUCACAUCUUUUACUCUCCCAGAAGAGCUAAGCCCAGGGCAUUUUGUGGCCAACAUCACUGCAGUUGUGCCAGAUGUCUCUCUUUAUGUUGGGCUCAUAUUCUACACCAUCAGCGCCAAUGACUAUCUUGAAAUAAAUAGAUACACAGGUUUAGUCACCAUAGCAAACCGAAUGGAUCGUGACAGCGACACGCUCAGAAACACCCCUACAAUAGCUGUGAUUGUCACAGCUACAUACAGGUCCUCCGGUCCUCCUCUCUUCAGCGCCAUCGACCUGACUGUCACAGUAACAGACAUCAACGACAACCCACCUGCCUGCACCUCUGACAGACCACGGAGAGAAGUACCAGAGACAGAGGCUCCAGGCGCUCUGAUUGCCACAGUCACAUGCUCUGAUAAUGACGUGGAACCGGAGUUUAGGGAAUACAGUUUCACAAGCUUCUCCUGCACAGGAUGCACCCAGCGCUUUACCCUCACGUCAGAUGGUUCCAUUGUGUUAAAUUCAAGUCUCAACUUUGAGGAUCCUAGCAACGUAAACAUUGCCAGUGAAUACAACCUUUUAGUUGUGGCUACAGAUAAGAAUGACACCUCAUUAAAGGGUGAUGCUUAUGUAUAUGUGAGUGUAACACCCAUCAACGAAUUCUCUCCAGUGUUCAAUCCCACAACCUACUUCUUCAGUGUCUCUGAGCUACUUGGAAGGGGCACUGUGAUUGGCUCUGUUGUUGCCACAGAUGAGGACCUACCCCCGACGGAUAUCCACUACUCACUUGUGUCAGGUGGGGGCAGUGGAGGUCUGGCAAACAUCUUUCAUGUAGACCCCAAACUGGGCAGGAUUAGUCUGCUCACCAAGCCUGACUUUGAAGUCACUCCAUCACACACACUGGUCAUCCGUGCGGUGGAUGGGGACCCUGAAGUGCCACGCUCAGAAACCGCUGUCAAAAUCAAUAUCACAGAGGCAAACGAUGAGCCACCAUUGUGUGGUCCUAACAAAACCAACCUGGUUGUCCCCAUCGACAUGCGGCCAGGAUCCAGUGUCCAAGGCUUCAUGCUGACAUGCAAAGACAAAGACUCCCCUCCCUCUUCUUUCAUCUACACAAUCUCAGGGGUAACCAAUGUGAACAACCACUUUGGCUUUUCUCCCAACGCGGGGACCAACAUCACAAGGCUGAUCCUUAGGGAGCCCUUUGACUUUAGCAGUGGGGUAGAUAAGUUGUGGGUCUACAGCCUAGCCGUGCUCAUCUCUGAUGCCAAUCUGCGAGCUGGCCGUGCCCCCCAGACUGGCACCAUCAUCAUUAACGUCCAGGUGGUGGACCCCGACCUCACCACUACCAUGACAACAACAACACCUCGCAUUACAUACAUUGCUGUAACACAGAACACAUAUGAUGCGGAUGAUUGGUACGUGUGGUUUGUGCUUGUCCUGGGUGCGCUCCUGCUUUUGGGCAUCUUGGCAUAUCUGCUGUAUAGAUGCUGCAGAUAUCUCUCUACUAAAGAGUGUAAUUGCUCCUGCGAUUGCUGUGAACCCAAACACAUGGAGGAUGAAGACACCCUCAUUCCAUAUAAAGAUCCUCCAAAACGUGAAGUAUUGAUGGAGGUGACCAAGAUCAACACAAUAUUUGAUGGAGAGGAAGUCGAUCCAGGUGAUGGUUCAUUUGCCAUUGAACCAACUUGGUUAUAUGUUUCGACAUGGCAUCAAGUAUUAAUGACAAUCUCUGGUGUAUACAACAGCAAGUCUGGUGCCCGCCGCUGGAAGGACGCCAUUAUUAUGACUGGCCUGCCACAGACACAACCAGGCAGCAGCACUCUGGUAAUCUCCCAGAAGGCUGGCACUCCUGAGCAGCCACCAGGAACUGCCCAGUCACAAACAUCAAAUGCUGAGAGGCUGGGCUCUGCCCAGUCAGUGGACUGGCCGGGCGACAGGGUGCAGACCUCACAAAACCAUCUGCAAACCUUAAGUGAUAGACCAAACGUUAAGCCAGGCACUGUCCCCAUGACAGCUGAGGGUAUGUCAGAGGUGUAGGGCAAAAAUAGUUUGUACAGCAGAGGAAUUAGUCAAGUAUUGUCCAACGUGACAAAAGUCACUCUGCGUUUGAAUUAUUGCUAUUCAUCAUAUUAUUAUACUGGCAAAGUUUUGCUUGUAACUACAAAUGAGAAAAUUAUCUGGUUAAAUUAAUACAAAUGGUACUUGAGGUGUCUUAAAUUUCUUUUCAGGUUUAAAAUGCAAGUAAUUAGCAUAUUAUGAUUGAUUAUACUUAUUAUACUUUUAAUUCACAACAUUUGUGAAUUAAAAAACAUGUCACAACAAAACAGUAUGGGUUUCCAUUACUUUUCUUAGAGGAUAACUCC